AUGACUGGGGCAAACCAGUCAAGUGUCUCUGAGUUCCUCUUCCUGGGAUUCUCCAGGCAGCCUCAGCGGCAGCGGCAAAUUCUCUUUGCACUCUUCCUGGGCAUGUACCUGGUCACAGUCCUGGGAAAUCUUCUCAUCAUCCUGGCCAUCAGAACAGACUCCCGUCUGCACACCCCCAUGUACUUCUUCCUCAGUAACCUGUCCUUUGUGGAUGUCUGCUUUUCCUCCACCAUUGUCCCCAAUAUUUUGGCCAACAUACUCAGCAGUCAGACCAUCUCCUACAUUGACUGUCUCACACAGAUGUAUUUUUUCAUUGUUUUUACAGACAUGGACAAUUUCCUCCUGGCUGUGAUGUCCUAUGACCGCUUUGUGGCAAUAUGCCACCCCUUACACUACACAACAAAGAUGACAUAUCAGCUCUGUGCUCUGAUGGUCAUUGGAUCCUGGGUUAUUGCCAUUCUGAAUUCUCUGUUGCAUACCUUGCUGAUGGCUCGACUCUCAUUCUGUGCAGACAACAUGAUCCCCCACUUCUUCUGUGAUACAGCUGCGCUCCUAAAACUCUCCUGCUCUGACACAUCCCUCAAUGAGAUGAUGAUUCUGACUGAAGCAGUCCUGGUAAUGAUCAUCCCAUUGCUUUGCAUCCUGGGUUCCUACAUUUGCAUCACCUGUGCUGUCCUGAGAAUCCCAUCCACAAAGGGGAAAUGGAAAGCCUUCUCCACCUGUGGCUCCCACCUGGCUGUGGUUUCCCUCUUCUAUGGCACCAUCAUUGGUGUGUAUUUUACCCCUUCAUCCUUCCACUCAGCUGAAAAGGACAUCGCGGCUGCUGUGAUGUACACAGUGGUGACGCCCAUGCUGAACCCUUUCAUCUACAGCCUGAGGAACAAGGACAUGAAAGAAGCCCUAACAAAAGUGAUUUUUAUGAAAAUUUUUUCUAUUCAACAAUAA